GUCAGCGGUUACAGCGGCUACUGGUCUCAGCUGCGUGGGUCGGCCAUGGAGGCGCUGGCCACCAGCCACCGCUGCGUGACGGUGCUGUUCUGCGACAUCAUCGGCUUCACCGCCAUGUGCAAGCAGGUGUCGGCCAUGCAGGUCAUGCGGUUCCUGAACACUUUGUACAUGAGGUUUGACGAGCUGAUCGACAUCUACGGGGUGUACAAGGUGGAGACCAUCGGAGACUGCUACAUGGUUGCUGGGGGGCUGGUUCGCACGGACGGCGAGGGGAACAAGAGCGUCAUCGGGGAGGGCAGCGAGGACGCACUGCACGCCGUGAGGGUGAUGAGCUUUGCAAAGGCCAUCAUGCGCGAGGCAGCUGCCGUGGUGCUGCCCACCAGCGGGGAGCCCGUGCAGCUGAGGAUAGGCCUGCACAGCGGCCCCGUCAUGAGCGGCAUUGUGGGCGACAAGAUGCCCCGGUUCUGCCUCUUCGGGGACACUGUCAACACCGCCAGCCGCAUGGAGAGCACCUGCCCCCCCGGCGCCAUCCACGUCAGCUCCGACACACGUGCGCUGCUGAGCAACGAGGCCUGGCUGCCCACCGGCGGAGUGCAGGUCAAGGGCAAGGGGCUGCUGGAAACGUACGUGUGGGCGGGGCACUCCGCGGAUGAGGAUGAGGAGGCGGAGCGGCGGCUCAAGGUGUACCUAUGAUGCCUCCCCGGGGCAGGCAGGCAGGCAGGCAGGGGGGUCAGGCAGAAACAAAACCGAAUGAAGGCAAGCAGGGGGGUGGACCAGGGAGCAUUAACCCGCAAUGGACUCGUUUGCCAAUGCUGGCUGCGAUCUGUAUGAGGUAUGUUGGAUACAGAUGACAGGCGGGCCGCUGGGUUGGUUAGGAAAGCGGGAGGUUGCGAGAGGUGUGGACGAGGGGCUGAAGAGCAGGCCAGCAGCAGAGGGUCACAUGACCAGAUGCGGGCAGAGCUCACCACGCCCAGUGAACGUGAGAGCACAAGCGCACGCAUGCCUAGGAUUGUACGACGAGUUUCCCACAUAUGAAUUUACAACCGUACGAUUGCACUACCGUAUGAUUGUACGACGGCACGAACGUACGACUGCGCAACCGUACGAGCAAUCAAGGUGCCAAAAUGGUGUAGGGGCAUGAGCAUGCUGGAUGCCUUUAUGACGCGCCCGGGAAUUAGCUGUCUGCCCCCGUGUCUAGGAGGAAGGGAUGUACGCGGUCUUCAUCAGACCUUACAACGCACGCACGAGUGGUGGUGAUGUUCUCGUAAGGGAAGAGAUGCGCUCGAAUGGAAAGGCAGGCAUAUCGCAGAAAAGAAAGGAGGGAUGUCGGAAAAAGGUACGAAGAGACGCCGGUAUAUAUUUCAUGACGCUCGUGAGGGAAACAAGUCAUGAAAGUUGGCGUGGUUACGGCUUAAGAACUUAGGAUUCAUAUGCGGUCUUCAUCAUACCUUACAACGCACGCACGAGUGGUGGUGAUGUGCGGAUGCAGGAGCAGGCGGGCAUGAAACUUAGGUGUGCAGUGCGCGUCGGAGUGCCCAACAGACGUUGCUGGUGUUGGGCGUGCGGAGAACGAGCUGGGUUGUGUUAAGGAAACUGGCUGGGGUUUGUUAAGAUAGCUGUGUAUGUGCGGUGGGGCUGCGGCUGGGUGUAGGCUGUGCAGUUGAUGAGUUGUAUCAUGUUGUUGCUGAUGUUGGUGCUGUGCUGGGCGUCAUUGCCCAUCCUCGGGCUGGCGACUGGCAGUUGCUGGCCUGUUGGGAUCGCCAGCUGGUCACAACUGGUCGCGCUUCUGAAUUGCUGAAGUUAAGAGGUUGCUGUAGUUAUUAGUUGCCGGGGUUAUUAGGCAUGCUAGGGCUCUGGCAGAAGGAUUUGAUUGAUAACGACAGAAGUCGAAUCCGGCUUUUUUCAUGAAUUCCAUGUACGCAGUACAGUGCGGCGCGGGCGUGGGCUUUGCAGCUCAGAGUGUGCAUCUGAGCCAAACCGCCGCGUCACCGUUGCACCGUAGCACGGUGGUUUAUUGUCUUUGUUCGGGGCUCGUGUUCGCACAAGAGGGAGCGAGUCUGCUUGUGUUUUCUGCAUCCUUGCUGCCUAUUAUCUAGUUGUCGUGCGAGGGAUGCCGUUAUACGGUUGGGAGGGCAUGUGGGUUUCGUAUUCUUGCGUUAGGGGCCACCCAGACAACCUGGGCCGCAUGCACCGCUCACUCUCACACAUGGGAGGACGCGUCUGGGAGCGCUGGAGCGUUGGAGUGGGCACUGGGCCGCAUGGGGGAAUGUGGAGGUGGGUGGUUGGGUGUUGUCCGUGUAGGGUUGCUUGACUGCAGCAAAGCAAAGAGUUGUACGAUAGGUAAGAUAGGUGUCGUAUUUCCCAUGAGGUGAGCUUGGGUGCUCCUCACUAUCAGCACGGCGUGAUGCCAUGUGAAUACAGGAUGCCUUGCUUAAUAUCUAAGAGCUUACAUCGGAAGCCUUUAAUAAUAAAUACGGUUUAAUAAUAGAUGAGAGGCGGCUGGUCUUUGUCAGUUGAUGCGGAUGUCAACUAAGAGCACCGUUAACGUUGUCUGUGUGCCUUGAGAUUUCUAUCGCUUUAUGGAGCUCGGCCCCUCGGCCUCUUCGUGACAUGUUAUACCACUAAGCAGUACCUUACCUAAUGAGUUGCCGUACAUCUGAGUCCCGUGGGCGCUUGCGGCUGGCGGUCGCUACCUCCCACCAUCAUGUCGUGCUGACGGGACCUCGUGGGCUUCACUUGAUGGGCCAUGCCAGUCAAGUUGAUGUGUCCUCCUUGCAUGGGGCGGCUGCGCUGGUAAUAAUCACCUGCAUAUAAAUACUCGGUCUAUCCCGUCAUCGGUAGACGUUGUUUCAGUAAGGUCUUUUGUACUGAUGCGCUCGCUGCUACUGGGUUUCCACCGCUCAGAAGGCUGGAAACGUGUGGCGCGCUGCUUGGGUUACAUGACGCUGCAGUGCUCCAUGGGUCGUUA